GAUCCUUACCUCUUUUGGUAAACUACAAUCUUUAAAUCAUCAAUCAGAUUCCUAUAAAAUACCUUGCCCUAACUUUACCCAUUUUGCAAUCCUUAAUCAAAAUCAUCUCUAAUUUUCGAUCCAAAUUCUCCUUAUAAAUUUUUUUGUCUCUUCUUCGAUUUGAUUCGUAUCUGUUUCGAUUCCGUUUUUCCUCUUUCUUUUAAUCCUAAUUUUUUCCUUUUCCCGUUUUACGAAUGCGAUUUUAGGGUUAGGGUUUUUGAAGAUUCUUCGAUAUUUUGAAUGGGUUUCUUGAUUUAUAAAAUUUGAGCUUGGAUUUUGAUUUUUCUUGACUCGAUUUCUUCUGGGUCAGUCUAAUUUUUUGGGGAUUUUCCUUAGAUACCGCAACUUUAUAAGAAUUCUUUUAUAAAAAAGGUUUUCUCUGUUUCGUGUUAUUUUUCGGCCGUGUAAAAUAUUUAAAAUAGUAAAAUUUUUUAAAUUUCAUUUUUUUCCAGCUUAUAAUUCUAUUAUUUCUUGUAAAUCAGUGUUUAAUAUUUUUAGAAGCAUAAGUUCAUUUUUCUAAUUCUUUAAUUUUUAUUGGUUCUUUUAAAUUUCUUAUUUUAUUGGUCAACAAAUUCUCAGACUAAAAUGAUUCAUAAACGUCCUUACACCGAUGACUCUCAAGAGGUUGCCUGUAAGCAUAUGAGGCAAUGUGAUGAUACUGUCCACAUUGCUUCCUUUGUUGAUGUCAAUGAUGUUCAUCCCAACAACGCUUUUCAAAACCAUCAAAUUUCUGAAGGUAAAUGGGAGGACAUUUACACUGGGUGCCAAGAUGAAGGUAGGUUUGCUGAAGAUCAAUGCAACAAUGUUCAUCGUGGCACCAAUAAGGAAUACGAAAGUGGUGCUUCUGCUUGUGUUCCUCAUUUUUGGUGGGUAAAUGGCAAUGGCAUGGAUGCAGAUGCAGAGUCAAAUGUGGCAGUUCAUCUUCCACUGUUUCCGGAGUAUUUUGCAUCCGGGAACCAAGUCCAGGCUUUUCUUCAUUCUGAUGAAAUCUAUUCAUCUCUUCUUUCUCCUAAAAAAGUUUCUGUUGGACCAGAGUAUCAAGCUGAUAUUCCUGAAUGGAGCCAACAGGAUAUGAAGAGCUCCUUGGAUUAUCUUGAUACAUCAGAUCCUCAAGUUGCCCUUAGAUCAUCAUGUGCAGGCCUCAUGGUUGAUGAUGAUUAUGGGAAGAAGAUGAUGGGUACUUGUGUCAUUCCAAUGCCUGAUUCUGAAGCAACUUCAAUGUUUUGCUUUGAAGAUGCGAGCCAUGGAAUUGAUUGUGACUGCCUCGAUCGUGGUUCUAUCAGUUGCAUUGGACAACAUGUGACAAAAGCAAGAGAGAAAUUAAAGGGGAAUCUUGCGUUGGAAAUAUUCAGGGAGUUGGGUUUCUGUGAUAUGGGGGAGGAAGUUGCAAAAGGAUGGACAGAAGAGGAAGAGCUAGCAUUUGAUAAUGUUGUCCUUUCUAACCCCUUCUCAUUGGGCAAGAAUUUUUGGGAUCAUCUCCCUGUGGCUCUCCCUUCCCGUACUAAGAAGGAAGCUAUCAGUUAUUAUUUCAAUGUGUUUAUGCUCAGAAAACGUGCCGAGCAGAACCGAAUUUACCCUUUACAUAUUGACAGUGAUGAUGAUGAGUGGCAGACAGCUGAGUGUGGAAUUCCAGCGGGGGAUGACGACUCUGUCGUGGAAUCUCCAACUGGUCAUGAAACUGCUGCACAUUAUGAAAACAACGAUGAAGAAGAUUGCCAUGAGGACAUUGAGAAUGAUUAUGACAACGAGCAUGGGGUUGAUUCUUCUGAAAAUGCUGCUGAUGAUUUUUGUAAAGGUAUCACUGAGGAAGAAGAUGAGGGAGAUAUCGAUGAAAUUUCAAGACUCCAUGGGGAAAAGUUCAUUGAUGAUUACAGUUGCAGUGAUUUUCAGCUUGUGACUAGGGUUAAGGGGAAUAAUGAGGAUGGUUAUAAUGAUGUCCAGGAUGACUCAUGCACAUCAUACGAGUAUCAGGGGGAGCAGGUUGAUUCCCAUGGUCUGCCUGAGACGGCGAUGGAUGCAAAUCAACCCAGUCUAGAGUGUCGAAUUCAUUGAUGGUGGAGAAAUUUGUGAGCCUUCCAAUCAUAGUACUUGAUAGUUUGAGGAAUGGAUUUAUUAAGCCAUGUUAUGUUUUAAUAUAAGUGCUUACCUCCAGCAAGUUCUCAAGAAUGCUGCAAGGCUGGCAGAAGUGUGAUAUAAAUUCGUUUUACUGAUUUCUCUUGAAUCUUUAAAAUUCAAGUUGGCUUGUUAGAGCCAUUGAAGGUUUGGUGAGAUGGUAAGGAUCCUCAUUGUGAUCGAAAACCAGCUUUUUAAAAAUAAAGGACAUCUCCGGUGAGAAUUUCUGCAUGGAGCAGAUGAGAAUAAUUGUAUAGCGGGGCAGUUUUGUGGGAUGAGGUUAGCAUCUGUGAGUGCAUCGAAGAAACUCUCAUGGAAUAUUGCCUUCUGUAUGCAAUCUGCAAGCACUUGUACUGCCAAGACAUGAUUCCUGUGUUUUUCUUUUUUUCUCUUAACCAGGAUCAUGGAUGUUGGAAAUAAUAUAAAAGCAUACGAGUGGUGACACUCCAAAAUCUCAGCAGCUCUCGAUUUGAUCUAAAA